AUGCCACAGGCUCUCAUCAUCAAGAAAGUCGACGGCAAGCCCGGCCAAGUCUACUACCCCCUCCAAAUCGUCCAAGUCCCCAAGCCCAAACCCGGCCCCAACGAGGUCCUAAUCCGGAUCCACACCGCGGCCCUCAACCACCGCGACUUCUUCAUCCGGCAACACCUAUACCCCGGGAUAUCCUUCACCAACCCGCUCCUAGCCGACGGCUUCGGCACCGUCGUCGAGUCCGGCCCGGGAUCGCACUCCGCCGCCCUCCUCGGCCAGAAAGUCGUACUGACCCCGUCCCGCGGCUGGUCGAGCUCGCCCGCGGGCCCCGAGGACCCGAGCAAGUUCAGCGUCAUCGGCGGCACCACGCUGUACACGGCCGGCGCGGGCCAGGACUUUGUGCUCGUGCCCGCGGACGAAGUUGAGCUCGCCCCGCCGCACCUGUCUCCCCCCGAAGCAGCCGCGUUCCCGCUCGUCGGGCUGACGGCGUGGCGCGCCCUCGUGAUGAAGGGAUUCGGCGGCGACAUUACCGACGUCGCGGGCCGGAACGUCCUUGUGACAGGCAUCGGCGGCGGCGUAGCGCUCUGCACGCUGCAAUUCGCCACCGCGCUCGGCUGCAAUGUCUACGUGACGUCGGGCGACGCCUCGAAGCUAGAGCGAGCGCGCGCGCUGGGCGCCAAGGGCGGGAUAUCGUACAAGGAAGCCGGAUGGGAGAAGCAGCUCGCAGCACAACUGCCCGCGUCGCGGCCGUACCUGGAUCUGGUUGUUGACGGUGCGGGAGGGGAUAUUGUGGCUAAGACGGUGCGGCUAUUAAAAGCGGGGGGUGUGAUAUCGAUCUACGGGAUGACGGUCGGGCCUAAGAUGGAUUGGCUGAUGCAGGCCGUGAUGAAGAACGUUGAUCUCCGGGGCACGACGAUGGGGUCGCGCGCCGAGUUCCGGGAUAUGGUAGAAUUUGUGCGGAAGCACCAGAUACGACCUGUUGUGAGCCGUGUAGUCAAGGGACUCGAUAACUUAAAGGCUCUCGAUGAUCUGUUCGAGGACAUAAGACAUGGGAAGCAAUUUGGUAAACUCGUUAUAGAAAUCUCCUCGCCCGACGAAGAGGCGGGCUCUAAACUAUAA